AUGGAGGCGGAAGCUUUGGCGCUGCUGGGUCGCAGUGGGGCGGCGCUGAGGCAGCUGGGGAUGUGGCGCCCCCCCGCCUCCGGGCCGGCCGGCCCCCGCCUGCUGGGGGCGGUCUUCAUCGUCGCCACCUGCGCCAUCGUGGCCGUCUCUAGCGCCGUGCAGCUCGUCGUCGACACACCCGAUGACCCGGAGACGCUGCGCGACGUCUUCUUCCAGUGCACCAAUUGUAGCUCCUGGACCAUCAGAAUAGUGCUGUUCAUGCAGCAGAGGGUGCGCCUGGGACGACUGGUGAUGACGUUGCUGGACACAAGGAAGAGAUACGCCGAGCAAGUGCCGGGCAUCAGAAGUAGCUACGACCAGGGCGCAGUGAUCAUCUUCUUUGCGUGGCAGGUUCUGCCGUUCACCUCUAUCUCGCUGUGGGCCCUGGGCCCGGUGACGGACACCCCGAAACUGGUGACGGCAGGCAACUAUAGCGUGGUCGAGCGCCGUGAACCAAUGGUCCUCUGGCUGCCGCUCGACACCCAGCAGUCGCCCACCUACGAGAUCGUCUUCGUGCUGCAGGUCGUCGGCGUCGUCGCCAUGUCCGAAGUCAGCAUCCUGCUCGACAUCUUCUUCGUCUGCCUGAUGAUCCACGUCACGGCCGAGAUAGCUGUCCUCAACAAGAACCUCUCCAGCAUACACUUACUCAGUCUGAAUGGAGAGCGGAGUCAGAUGCUCGAACUAGUAGAUGUGACUGCUCUUGGUCGACAGAGAUACAAUGGUGGUGAGCAGCAUACAGACAGUGAAGAAACUAUCGAAUGGUCAGUUGCAGCAAGCGGGCCACUUCCAAGCAGCACUUUUCUCUCAUCACAGGACAUGAAUGACGCAAAGAGACGACUAUACGCCACUUUAAAGACGAAUAUACAACACCAUCAGACAAUUAUAUUAUGUGUCAGCGAGCUGGAACAGGGGAUGAGUGAGUCCACGUACGUCGUUCUGCUAGUAAACGCCCUUACCAUUUGUUUGCAAGCCUUCGGAUUCGUUGAGCUGUUCCAAGGAGGUUGGAAGGGACCAGCCGUGAUGAAAAGACUCCUCGCUUGCCCGAUCUACAUGGCGCAGACUGCUCUCUUCUGCCUCUUCGGACAAUCACUGACGGACCAUAGCGAGCGUCUGCUGGACUCUGGCUUCAGCUGCGGCUGGCCAACCGCCGACAGUCGUUUCUGCAGUGCCCUACUCAUCUUCAUGCAACAGGCGUCACAGCCCCUCAGUAUCAGGGUGGGUAAAAUCUUCACGCUCUCCAGGAACUCUUUCUUACAGAUAAUGAAUGCUUCGUACACAAUAUUCAACAUGCUGUUAAAUACACAAUGA